UUUCUCUGAUUUUAUUUAUUUAUUUAUCUAUUUAUUUUAUUACAAAAGCACUUCCUUUUCCCUUUUUAGAUUUAUAUUUUUCUCUGAUUUUAUUUAUUUAUUUAUCUAUUUAUUUUAUUACAAAAGCACUUCCUUUUCCCUUUUUAGAUUUAUAUUUUUUUUCUGUUGAUUAUAACAGCUACAACCCAACUAACCGUUCCAUACAUACAUAACACCAUUUAAGCUCUCAACACACUCUUCUUCUCCUUUCUUCUUCUUCUUCAAUACUCACUCUUUUGUUUUUCUCUUUAAUCUUCUCACAACGGUUACUUUCAUUUUCUUAAAUGACCCCUUAACGGCUCUCCUUUCGUUUCCCACUUUAAAAAGUUUCUUUCUUUGUUUUAAAGCUUCGUUUUUGUUCAUACCCUUUUCAUGGUUUUUGAGUUUGGCUUCGUUUAGAGAUAUAAUAAAGACUGAAUUUUUAGCGUUGUAGAGAGAUACCCAGAUGGAUUUGAGUUCCUUUUUGACGUCUUUAGGGACGUCUUUUGUGAUAUUUGUGAUUUUGGUUCUGAUUUACUCAUGGCUCUCAAGUAAGCCUGGAAACGCCGUCGUUUACUAUCCGAAUCGGAUCUUGAAAGGGAUGGAUCCGAAUGAGAACAGAUCCGCCUCUUGUAGCCCUUUUGCCUGGAUCCGAGAAGCUAUGUCUUCUUCAGAAGAGAAUGUUAUAGCCAUGUCAGGGGUUGACACUGCUGUCUACUUCGUCUUCCUCAGCACUGUUUUGGGAAUUUUGAUUAUAUGUGGCCUAGUUCUACUACCAUCUCUUCUACCAGUUGCUGCAACCGAUAAUCGUUUGGAGCAGUUAGGAGCUAAUAACUUCACUAUUCUAGACAAAUUGACAAUGGGAAAUGUCACUGAAAAGAGUCCAAGAUUGUGGGCAUUUCUGUUUGCAGUCUACUGUGUUUCUUUUGUUACUUAUUACCUUUUAUGGAGGGCUUAUAAUCACAUUUCCAAUUUGAGAACUAAUGCAUCAAUGUCACCUGAAUUGAAGCCUGAACAGUAUGCAAUUCUCGUUAGAGACAUACCUUCUGUUGAAGGACAGUCUAGAAAAGAACAGGUCGAUUCAUACUUUAAGAUGAUCUAUCCCGAAACAUUUUACAGGUCAAUGAUUGUCACUGACAAUAAAGAGGUUGACAAACUUUUUAAAGAGUUAGAAGGUUACAAGAAGAAGCUUCUACGCGCUGAAGCAGUGUAUGCAGAGGGAAAAAGAACAGGCAAGUCUGAAGUUAGACCGACUCACAAAACUGGUUGUCUUGGUAUUCUUGGAAAGAAAGUAGACAGCAUUGAGUUCUACACCGAGAAAAUUAGUGAACUAGUACCGAAACUAGAAGCUGAACAAAAGACUACUCUUAGGGACAAGCAGUUAGGUGCAGCAAUUGUUUUUUUCACAAGCAGAAUAGCUGCAGCUUCUGCUGCUCAGAGUCUUCAUGCUCAACUGGUUGAUAAAUGGACAGUAAUUGAAGCUCCUGAGCCUCGUCAAAUAAUAUGGACUAAUCUUAAGAAAACAUUCUAUGAGAGGCAAGUACGGCAAUAUGGUGUGUACAUUCUUGUGGCUCUGGCUAUAUUAUUCUACAUGAUUCCAAUUGGGAUUAUCUCUGCAUUCACGACGUUAAAGAACUUGAUGAAACUUAUGCCGUUUUUGAAGCCAAUAUUGAAACAGAGUGCAAUAAGGACUGUGCUGGAAGCUUACCUCCCACAGAUUGCACUCAUUGUGUUCUUGGCUUUGUUGCCUAAGUUACUUCUGUUUCUAUCUAAGGCCGAGGGAAUUCCCUCUAUGAGCCACGCAAUAAGAGCUGCUUCGGGGAAGUAUUUUUACUUCACUGUGUUGAAUGUGUUUAUUGGAUUUACACUUGCUGGAACUUUAUACAGAACAUUGAAGGACAUUCAGAAUGAUCCAAACUCCAUUGUCGGUGUUCUAGCUAGUAGCAUCCCGGGAAGUGCAGCCUUUUUCCUCACCUUUGUGGCUCUUAAGUUUUUCGUCGGUUAUGGGCUUGAACUUACCCGAAUAGUUCCUCUUAUUAUCUUCCAUAUCAAGAGAAAAUAUUCGUGUAAGACAGAAGCAGAGGUAAAAGAAGCAUGGUUUCCGGGAGAUCUUAAAUAUGGGACUCGAAUUCCUGGUGACUUGCUCAUUGCCACCAUUGUUCUUUGCUAUUCUGUCAUUGCUCCAGUAAUUAUUCCAUUCGGGGUAGCAUAUUUUGGUCUUGGAUGGCUCAUCCUUCGUAAUCAGGCCCUUAAAGUUUAUGUUCCAUCAUACGAAAGCUAUGGUAGAAUGUGGCCACACAUUGCUGUGCGAAUAAUCGCCGCGCUGGUAUUGUACCAAGUUACCAUGCUCGGUUACUUCACAUUGAAGAAAUUCUACUACACGCCAUUCCUAGUCGUGCUUCCCAUCAUUUCCCUUCUCUUUGCCUUCUUUUGCCACACGAAAUUCUACCGCUCUUUCGCUGACACUGCUCUAGAAAUUGUAGUUCGUGAACCGAAGGAAAUUCCCAACUUGGAACAGAUUUUCAAAUCAUUCAUUCCACCAAGCUUGAAUGCUGAGAAGAAUGAUGAUGAUCAGUUUGAAGAUGCUUUGUCUCAAGCUUCAAGGUCAACCUCAUUUGCUUAAUGUCUAAAUUUAGUGUGUAUCUGACAUUUUUUUAUUUCUUCUUCUUUUGUGUGAUGUUGCUGUCUUUUAGUGAAAGCUUGUUCUCUCUUAAAUUAUAUUAUUAUUAUGUAAUUAGGAACAACAACAACAACAUUUGAUUGUUUGUAAUAUAUUAUAUAUCACGUGUCCUGAGUU